AUGGCCCGCAAGUCGGCCUCGUCCAAGGCCAAGCCUCCUCCAUCGGAUUCGGAUUCGCAAAACAGCACCGACGUCGCAACGCAGCAGCAGGGGAAGGACAAGCCCAGAGGCACCAUCGUCUUCUUUCACCCUGACCUUGGGAUUGGCGGUGCCGAGAGGCUGGUUGUGGAUGCUGCCGUUGGCCUCCAGGAGCGCGGGUUUCGCGUCGUCAUCUUCACCAACCACUGCGACCCAAGCCACUGCUUUGACGAGUGUCGCGAUGGCACCCUAGAUGUCCGCGUGCGAGCUGCCGGCCCCGUCCCCAUGUCUAUUCUCAACCGCUUCACCAUCCUCUGCGCCAUCCUCCGCCACCUCCAGCUUCUCAUCACAAUCGCAAUCACUGGCGAGCUCUACUCUCUGAGGCCCGACGCCUUCAUCGCCGACCAACUUUCGGCUGGCCUGCCCCUUCUGGCCAACCUCUACCCUGCCGCGCCGAUCUUGUUCUACUGUCACUUCCCCGACCUGCACCUCGCCCUAGGCCGUGAUGCAUCCCUGAUCAAGCGCCUCUACCGCCGGCCUUUUGACACUCUGGAGCGUUGGAGCAUGGGCUACUCGACCUCGAUCGCCGUCAACUCUGACUUUACCCGUCGUGUUGUCAAUGGCACAUGGCCCGGCCUCGAGGACCAGAAACCGAUGCGCGUCGUGUACCCCUGCGUCGACACCCGUGCCAAGGCAGCGGCUUCCGAGGACGACGAGGGUGACUCAGAGCCCGUUCUGGACGGAGACAAGAUCAUUCUCAGUAUUAACCGUUUCGAGGGAAAGAAGGACAUUGGACUGGCCAUCAAGGCGUUUGCCGCCAUCCCCACCGACAAGCGCGAGGGUGCCCGUCUUGUCCUAGCAGGUGGUUACGACGCACGCAUUGGAGAAAAUGUCAGGGUCCUCUCUGAGCUCCGGUCUCUCGCCGACUCCCUAUCCCUCGGGCACGCCACCGUUUCCUCGUCGGACUCUCUCAGCUCUGCCCCUCUGACCUCGGAAGCUCCCGUCCUCUUCCUGCCCUCAGUCUCCAGCGCCUCCAAGGCAGCUAUCCUCGAAGCUUCCCGCCUCCUCGUCUACACGCCUGCCGCCGAGCACUUUGGCAUCGUGCCUAUCGAGGCCAUGUUGGCGCGUGUCCCUGUCUUGGCGGCCACCACGGGCGGCCCCGUCGAAUCAGUGCAAGACGGAAUCACGGGCUGGCUGCGCAGCACCCUGGACACGCCCGCGUGGACCGACGUCAUGACCCGCGCGCUCAGCCUGUCGAAGAAGGAGCGCAAGAAGAUGGGCGACGCCGGAGCUCGCCGCGUCGAGGAGCUCUUCUCCAGGGACGGCAUGGCCCGCAGGUUCGAGGCCAUACUCGCCGAGAUGCUUGCCCAGCCGCGCGUGCCUGUCGAGUCUACCUUUUUUGGCCGCGUGAUUGAGCUGGGUGCCAUGGUGGUGAUUAUGGCGGUGGCAUUUGGGUUCGGCCUCUUGAUUGCUCACUUUUACUAUCCCGUUCGACACUCGGUUAAUAAUAUGUUGGGGUUUACGAAAAAGAAGGAUACGUAG